AUGGUUUUACGACACAGCCUUCUAACUCUUUCCCUUCUUGCGGUGCUUUGGAUCAGUGCUGGAUGUGGACAACCGUCGAAAGAUGAAGCAGACGUUACCGAUGCUGCCACUAAUUCAGAGGAUGAGUACAAUCCACAAUGCCUACCGUUGGACUUUUUCGAAAAAGAUCAAGCCGAAGACACAAGAGCAAAGCGAGAUGAUGCUGCAGUACUAGCUGCGGAAGAUACAGCAGCGAACGAGGCAGAUGAGAUUGUUGCCCAGCCGGGAUAUGUUGUACCUGCCCGAAGACGGCGGCCCUGUGUCGGACGACGUAGGAACUUUACGCGAAAUUGUGGACCAAACCCAAGGGUAUGUAGCGGAUGGAAGUUGCACCAGCUGGAAGUGGCGUACAGAGUAAGAAACUUUGUGAUGGCACCUAAACCUAAACCUCGUGGUCCAAGACCCAGACCAUAA